CGCGCAUGUUCAGCGGCGCGCGAACGCCUUUGUAUCGUCGCGCCUUUACAGCCUACUCUUUGGAACAACAGCCCGCGCCACCGCGCUCUUCAGCGGAAGCCAUUCGCUCGUACAACAGCGACGCUCGCUCGUAGACAUUUCGCCGCUCGUGUGUAUCCCCCUUCGCCUCCCUCUUAUCCUACUCGAACUACUACAUCAUGGACUACUCGACUAUCGCCCUCCGACCCUCGCAUUCGGGCAGUAUGAUGCUGUCCCACCUCAACGACACGGACGAAUACGCCGCCCGCCAGCGCUUCGGCGCCACCGCCGAUGACCUCGCCUACGACCUUAGCCCCAUCUCGCACGAUUCCUACCGCGACCGAAGCUACGACGCCUCGUCGUAUCCCAGCCUGCCCUCCGCGUCCGUCGACCUCGCCUAUGGCGAUCGCUCGAGCACUCGCUUUGGCGCGGGAAGUUCGUACAUCAAGGCGGAAGAGCUCCCGGGCGUUCUAGAUACUCUAGAUUAUCCUCCGAGCGAGCACUCGGCGAACGCGUCUAGCGACGCGUUCGGCGCGUACGCGAGUAGCUUGUCUCCCGCCGCACUGUCGGGCGUGUCCCCGCCUUCUCUUGGCGCCCCCACUUCCCUUCCUCAGACCCUUUCCCCGCUCGCCAUCUCGCCUCAGCAACUACUUGAGUCGCCUGUCAAUUCCCCGCUUUCGGCUCAUUCGUACAUUGCGGAGGAACAACCGCCACAGCAAUAUGUGUCUCCCUCUGAGCUGUCAUCAGAUCACGCGAGCGCGCGCUCGCCCUCUUUUGUCGACGACGAUUCAGAGCCGUGCCCAAACGUACCGUCCAAGAAAUCGAACUGGUACAGCACCGUCCUCGAAGAUACGCCCACGGGCCAUCACGUCGGUGGUCAACCCAUGUCCUACUUCCCUCCGCUCUCAAAACGCUCCUCGUACUCGACCUCGAGCUCCGCCACUCCUCCUGACGCGCCCUCCUUCCCUCGCGAGCGCAGCGCGAGCUGGUCGCGCGGAGGGGUGACGGUGACGACGCGCCUCCCGCCCAUUUUGCCGAGCAAGUCGUCAAGGACGCCGUCGUACAGUAGCGACGAGGACGAGUCGCCGUCGCCGCAGACGGUGAGCUCGGGCUCGCGUGAUGACGAGGAAUAUGAUUCGCCGGAUGAGGACGAUUCGGAUUACUCGCCCAACGGCGACUCUCCGAGUCGCAAGCGCGCUCGCGCUUCUCGCGAUGACAGGCCGAGCGCGGCGCAUGCUUUGCGCGCGCUCGAGAAGGACGCGCCGUCGCCGAAGCGUCGACGCGCUGGGCCGUCCAUACCUGAGCCCAAGAAGAGCGCAACAAAGAGCUCGCGAGGGCGUAAGGUACCCUCUGUCUCGACGCGCAACGGCGGGCUCGCGGCGUCGAACUUAGGCGAGUCUCUGGGUGCGGCGCGAGGCGGCACUUUGCGCGGCCGCGGCGGAGGCUCGGUGGGCUCUGGAAAGCGCCAGUUCCGGUGCGUUGCGGAGGGGUGCGGGAAGCUGUUCGUGCGGAAGGAGCAUCUGAAGCGGCAUGUGAAGAGUCUGCAUACGGAGGACAAGCCGCACGUGUGCCCGUAUCCGCAUUGCGAGAAGAGGUUUAGUCGGAGGGAUAAUCUGGGACAGCAUGUGAGGAUUCAUCAGUAGGCUUGUUGGGACGUGCUCCCUUCUUUCCUCAUCUUGCUUGGUUUAUUAUAGCAGCCUACCCUUCCUUCGCAUCCUACCUUCCACCACAAUAUCACGUUCUUCCUGUCUUCGCCCCAGUAUACUACACUCGCCCACUCCUAUUCUACUUUACAUCCUUUUAGUCCUGAAUUAUUCUCUUCGCGUUCAAUGUAUAUGUUCAUAUAUGUUCUAGAUAUAUCGGGCUGGCUAGAUGCCGUGCGU